AUGUUGAUUGAAGUUCAUUAUGGGAAUGGUUUGGUUUUGCUUGCAAAUGGAAACUGUCGAUCAGCUGAUUUUGUAAAUUAUAUUCGAAAACAGUGCUGUUUAUCAUCAACGAUGCCAAUCGAUCUCUGUUUAUUGAACACCGGAGAACCAUUUCAUCUUCUAUCAUCGAAAACGAAGAUUGUGUCAGCUGACAAACGUCGCUUUCCAUUUCAUUCUCAUUGUGUUUUAACACGAAUCGAAGAAGAUGGAACAUAUACUCCCUUAUUGAAUGACCCAACAUUGAUCACAACUGAAUUUUUAACAAAGUUAAAACGAGCAACAUUCUCAUCAACAACAAUGACUGCAGGAACGAUGACAACGACGAAGACAAUACCAACUAAAACGAAUACUAAAUUAACAAAACCAAAGACGCAAAAGAUUCAAGUAGAAAAGUCUGCGCGGCGACAAAGUCUUAAACCUGUUGUAGUUUUAACAACUGUUAUUAAUAAUCUAAAAAACUAA